ACAGUUCAUGUGCUUGUAACCCACACGUCCCCUCAAUAUGUGUGUAAGACCAUGUAUAUGUGUGGAAGGGUGAGAGAAGAGCUUUUUGGGAUAAGUGGAGGGUAGAGACCUAUAGGUAUUAAUUAACAGUUUGGAAGUUUCUAGUACUCUGGCUUGUCUGUUGUACUGUUGAUAUGGAUCUGGAAUGAAGAGUUCACUGUUGCUGGUCAGUUCUCUGUCAUGAAUAAAUCAAUAAGCCACUUUGAUCCAGAUUCAGUAUACAGGAUGUGAGGGGAGCAGUUUUUCUCUAUGGCAAAGCCACCAUUUCAAAUCUGCUUCCAGGAGCUGCGCUCGCAACCUUCAGCCCUCUCGCUCUGCUUUUGCCGGCUCUGGCCGUGAGCUCUAGCAAGGGGAAAUCUGGACUCAUGUUUGAGUAACAGGUUGGGUACGCUGGGCUUGGCGAGGAAGUUGUUAGGCCCAUCUGAGAUUGCAAUGAUCUAGUUGUGCGUUUAGUCAGGUGGAAGUUAAAGUUCAGCAGCCAAAGGUGUAUGUAAUCCUACUCAGGCUGUGCUUGAAGAGGAUGGCUGAGGAGAGAAGAGCAUUCCACUGGCAAUGUUGUAUGUUUGUGUAAGGCUUUCAGCACAGUUAAUGUGGAAUCCUGACACAACCUUAGAGCGUGCCACCCUGUCAGCUGUUUGCCUCCCAGAUGUGUGACAAUAAACAGGAACCCCAUGCACCAGGAACUGCUGGGGUUCAUAAUAAGUUUAUCUCGCUGCUAAUUUAUGUUGCUUCUCCUUUUGUUUUAUGUUCUUGCCGUAUUUGGAAGGACCAAAUGAGCAACAUAUGGCAGAUGCUUGUGUUGGUUCUUCGCGAGGAAGACUUCCAAAGACCACGGCCUACAGCAGAAGGGACAGGCACCCUUUUAUUUGUUGUAAGAUUACUAGAUUAUAGCUUUCAUCUCCGGGCUAUGGGAAUACUCCUGCUACUAGAAAGCCCACAAGGUAGAGUUGUGUCUCUUCAUGAAUUCCAAAAGUAUGUCAGGCUGAAUUUCAAGCCAUUUUUUUGAUUUUAUAAGCAAUGUAUUUCUUCUUGCUUAUAACUUUUCAGUCAUCUUAGGUUUGGAACAGGGCUAGAACAACAACUUAGUUUUGGUUUACCUUACAAAGUGAAUGGCUUUCUAUUGCUUCACAAAUAACAAAAAAAAUCAAUAGAAAGUUUUUCCUCAUUUUCAAAGUGUACGUUAUGUGUGGGGCUUCUGUUAUGCUUGAGGACAGGUCUCAAUGGAACAUCAGGUCAUAAAAAAAAAAAGGUUAUAUUUUAAAACUGCAAUAUGAAAUAAUGCGACCACAUCAGAUUUUGAUCUGGGAGCCAGAACUAAUAGUUUAAUUUUUGGUUAGCCCAAGUCUCAAUUAUUAGGUUAAAUGCAAUCCUAAAACAGCAGUUAAAAAUUAACUUCCCCUUAGCUUCUGAUUGCUGUUGUAGAUGGGAUUUUAUUUCAUGUAAUUAUCUCUUUUGUGCUUAUCAGGUAGAAAUAGAUUUAUUUUAUUUAACUUUCUCUUUCUGUCUUCAUAAAAUAUUUCCCAUCAGACAGUUUUGGAAGUUUAUUUAGUCUGUAUUUACUCUUCCUCAGAUGAUGAACAAGGCUGUACGAGAGGGACAGAAAAUCAGGCAGGAAAGGAAAUGCCUCUGGCAUGCCAUAAAGGUCACUGUAACAAUCUCAUCAUCUCAUUUCCUCUUUAAAGUUUACCUGGGAGUCCCAACUCUUUUUUUUUUUCUGCUUUAGCUCUGCCACUAUGUAAAAAAGGAACCCAAGCCACGUGUUGCAAUUCUGUGGUAUUGCGGUGAAACGGAGCAUCCCUUUCCUUUCGGAGUUAGAAGUGUUUAUAAGCGAGCCAGCACUUUGCUUCCUUCAGAUCACAAAACCAACCUGUCUGGCAACUUCAGCUAACAAGCACCGCAGGAAAAGAUGUCUCACUUACUAUUUGCCAUACUUUCAUUAUUUUCCUUUGCUGCCCUUCUGGAAGCACAAUGGAAACUGAGGGAAAAUGUGUACGUCAUAGAAUCAGAGUGGAAUAAUGAGACACCAGCUAAAAGAGUGGAGCUCACCUGUAACACAUCUGAUGAGACACUGCCAGUGUACUGGGAAAAGGACAGCGAGCUGAAAGGAACUGGACGGACUCUGAUUGCUGAAGUGAAAGAGUUCCCAGAUGCUGGCAACUAUACCUGUCUGACAGCUGAUACCCAUGAAGUCGUCAGCUAUGAUUUCUUCCUCGUAACUAAAAUAGACUCCAGUGGGCAAAUGAUAAGGUCAAUUCUGAAAAGUUUUGACGAGCCAAACAAGACGUUUUUAAAAUGUGAGGCAAAGAACUACUCUGGAAUUUUCGUAUGUUCAUGGAUGACAGAAAAUGAGAGUCCAAAUGUGAAGUUCACAAUCAGAAGUCUAAAAGGCUCUCAAGGAGACGUAAUCUGCAGCAGCCCUGUAGCUCACACUGACAUAUCAGUGACUGAAUACACAGCCCAGUGCCAGAAAGAAAGCUACUGUCCCUUUGCUGAAGAGCACGAGCCAAUUGAGAUGUUCCUGGAGGUCAUUGAUGAGGUGGAAUAUGAGAACUACACUAGCAGCUUCUUCAUCAGAGAUAUCAUAAAACCUGACCCACCCCAGUGUCAGUAUGUGGCUACAAAUGGAACAGUGACUUGGACCUAUCCCGGAACAUGGAGCACACCUAAGUCCUACUUCCCUUUGACUUUCAGGGUCAAAGUUGAAAGUACAAAGAAACGCAACAGCCAGGUCUAUGGCACUGAUGAGCAGUCCAUUCAGAUUCCAGUGGCUGGGCCAAAGAGGAAGAUCUCUGUGCAAGCCAGGGAUCGCUAUUACAAUUCAUCCUGGAGUGAGUGGUCUUCACUUUGCAGGUAAGACUUAACAGAACCUCCUG